AUGAGUCCGUUUAUUGAGUUGAAAACACCGAAGGACUUGGAUAUAAUAUCCGACUUGUGUUUCUCGCCUGUUGACGAGAACCAAUUGCUUGUAAGCACAUGGUCCAGUGAGAUAUUCUUGUACUCCUGUCAUUCAAUCUCCCAUGCCCAUGAACAGCCAACAUUGGAUCCAUUGAAUGUUAUCAAAACACCAGAUGUCCCCGUAUGCAUGCUUUAUGAGUCACGCAAUCCUACACCAUAUGUUGGGUCAUUGGACGGAUCCAUUAGAGAAUUGGAUUUUGAGAAUUGCAAAUUGGGGAAGAAUAUUGGAUUGGAGGUUGAUGAAUCGGAGAUCAGUGGUGGAAUCAAUAAUUUAUGUGGAGUGGAUAACAGUAGUAUUAUUGCCUCUUCAUUCAACGGGAAACUACAAGUUAUUGAUACUCGACAACAGAAACCACGUCAUGUGUACAACAAUAAACGAAAGAUAUUCACGAUGGAUACGACCGACACCCAUUUGAUUCUUGGGUUGCAGAAGAAUAUCAUUGAGAUCUACGAUCUCAAGAAGUUGGACACACCUUUGGAGACACGCGAAGCAGGGUUGAAGUACCAGAUCAAGGAUAUCAAGAGUUUCCCUAACCAGGAAGGGUUUGCCCUGGCGACUAUUGACGGAAGAGUGUCAGUGGAUUAUUUCAGCACGGAUCCACAGUUCUUGGAGGCAAACCGGUUCACAUUCAAGUGUCACCGUCACCCGGAUAAGGAGACGGGUGUGGAUUUGGUGUACCCGGUGAACACGCUUGCGUUCAAUAAGAAGUAUGGCACGCUAUUCACCGGUGGGUCAGAUGGACAUGUGUGCCUUUGGGAUUUUGGUAAGCGUAAGAGAAUGAAGAAUUUCCCCGAAUUCUUGUCAGCGGAGGAAGAGCCGGAGAGUGUGGUGAAAAUGAAACUAAACAAAUCGGACAGUUUACUUGCAGUUGCCACGAGUGAUGACAAUUAUAUUCGAAAGAGAAGGUUAAGUGAAAGUGAGAGUUCUAGAACUCCAAGUAGGAUUUAUGUCAAGUGUUUUGCUGACGGUGAGUGCAAGCCAAAGAAGUGA